GCGACCGGGACGUGGUGCGGAACCGGUGCCGGGAUCCCCCGUCCAGUUCCGGAGCCCGGCGAUGAGGAGCGAUCUGUGAGGGGCCGUGCCAGCGCCCGGUGCCCGUUAUAGUGCCCCUCCGGGCUUCCCCUCCCGGGGCUGCCGGUGUUCCUGGUGAUAAGAUGGAGCCUUCCCCAUUUAACAGAAGACAAUGGACUUCGCAGUCUUUGAAAAUCACGGCAAAAGAGCUUUCUCUGGUCAACGGGAACAAGUCAUCAGCUCUUUUGGAGAGGUUCUCCAGGUAUCAGAAAGCAGCUGAAGAAGCCACUGCUGAGAAAAAAAGAAGUAGCACAGAAAAUCUUCCCCUUCAUUUUAAAAGGGGGAAUCUGAGCGUGCUAAAGAAGAAGUGGGAGAAUCCAGUGCUGGGAACGGAGUCUCGGAAGGAAACGCUCCGAAGCAGCUGUGCUGAGGUUGGGCACAAGGUCACAAGCUCCGGGCUUGGAGUCGGGAACAGCCCUGCUUCUUGCUCAGACCCGGAGCAAAGCCCAGCAGCCGGCACCACAUCUCACGCCCAGGCCUCUUCUGGCACCGCUGGCCAGCUGCCGGGUCCCGGUGUUGACAGCAAGAAGUCUAAAAGCCACUCAACAGAGAGUGGUAAAAUGGAAAACUGUCUGAGAGAGCCCAGAGAAGCGGAAAAGCCUGAAGCUAGUGAAAACACAGACUCCUCCGGGAAGAUAGAGAAGUACAGCGUUCCGCUGAACAAGCUGAAGAUGAUGUUUGAAAAAGGUGAAGCGGCUCAGACCAAGGUCCCUAGAGACCAGAGGAAGACAGCAGUGAGUAGGAGGAUUUCUGAAAACAGCUUCUCUUCGGAAGACCUUGAUGUUGGCCAAGGAGAGAGGAGCCACAGCACAUCAGGGCAUCUUGUAGAUACUAGUCCAGCACUCAGCCCAGAUAGGGCAGAGACCAAGAAAAGCCUGGAGAUGCCCCGCUUAUCAGAAACCUCGAUAAAGGAUAGGCUGGCGAAAUACCAGGCAGCUGUUUCCAAGCAGGGCAGUUCCACAGGCCUUGUUACCACGAAUGAGAUUCAAGCCAGUGAAAGUGAACUCAAGAAUUACAAAUCUGAGCAGAAGGAGAAUAUGCCACCAAGUUUUGAGGACUCCAUUUCCUAUCAGGAUGGGGAGAAGGUUUCCGUCGGUGAAAACAGCUCGUCUUUCCACUCCAGCCUUUCAGAGGAUGGCAAUGUUGGACAAAACCUGGAAAGUGAGACAGAAGUUCAGAAACCUGUCGGCACAAAACAGCAAAACUCUGGUUCCAAAUCACUUGGCCAGGCAGAUGCAUCUCUGCCAAAAGCUGUGAAGAAGUUUCAGUUGCCAGCGAAGGAAACCUGCGUUGGGUGUCAGAAGACUGUGUACCCAAUGGAAAGGCUCUUCGCCAACCAGCAGGUGUUCCACAUCAGCUGUUUCCGCUGUUCCUAUUGCAACAGUAAACUCAGUCUUGGGACAUACGCUUCUCUGCGUGGGAAUAUUUACUGCAAGCCUCACUUCAAUCAGCUCUUCAAAGCCAAAGGCAAUUAUGAUGAAGGCUUUGGACACAAACAGCACAAGGAAUUAUGGGCAAGCAAAUCUGAAUGUGAAGAAUCCCCGGAGAAAACUCUCCAUGGUGUAAAUGCAACAGACAGUCCUCAAAACCCAGGAGUAGAGGAUGCCCCAAUUGCAAAAGUAGGAGUUCUGGCAGCAAGUAUGGAAGCCAAAGCCUCAGCUUUGCCUGAAAGAGAAGAGAGACCAGCAGAAACAAAAAAGCUCAGGAUUGCCUGGCCGCCUCCAUCUGACCAAAGUAUUCAAGGAAGUGCCCUGGAUGAGGGCAUCAAAGUAUUCAAACCCAAAUGGCCCCCAGAAGAAGAGAAUUCCAAGCCAGAUGUGCUGGAGGAUGUGGAUCUGGAUCUCAAAAAGCUGAGAAGAUCUUCCUCACUGAAGGAGAGAAGUCGUCCCUUUACGGUAGCAGCCUCGUUUAGAACAGUAUCUGUUAAAGGCCAUAAAACAGACAAUUCAGCUUCUCCUAAGGCAGAGAGAGAGACGUUGAAAAGAGGUGAGGAACUAGAGAGAGAGGUGGUGGACAAAAAGCAAAAGGAAAAGAAGGUGGAGAAUAGGAACAUCCAGAAUGCUGAAGAGAAAAAUACGGAGGAAGAGCGGGAAUUGCCAGUUAUCAAAACAGCAGAGCAUAACUUCGUAGAAAAUGGCCAGGCGAAUGAAGAGACAGAUGAGGAAGAACACGGUAUGGAAGAGAAGCAGACCCCAAAUGAAGAAUUCCUCGAACCCAAUUCUCCUAAACAUUCCAACUUAUCCAGUGUCUUGACUGCUAAGGAAUCAUCUCCUAACCAGAAUCGCAAAUCCCAAGAUGUUGGUUUCUGGGAGGGUGAAGAUAUGGAAGACCUCUCUGUGGAAGAACAGAUCAAAAGGAACCGUUACUAUGAAGAUGAUGAUGAUGAAGAAUAAAUUGGCCUUUUACUAUAAAACUUGCUGCAAGGUGCUGGGCCUUUUUAAUUUGGUGUUUUUAGCUUUAACAAACAGCUGCCCUCCAUGCAAGUGAUGCUGUACUGCACAUUGACAUUAAGGGAAUCAGAUGUACAAAUUAUCUCAACCAGAAAAGUACUGUGGGAGCCUGCAAAGAGGAUACUUAGGGGCAUGGAAAUGAGAAUCUGUGGCUGUGGGGUGGCAUCAACAGGUAGUGGCUGUCCACAGGAUGAGAACAGAGCUCUUCUGUACUCCUGUUGUCUUAUCCUUUUUGAACUCUGGUACCUGAUUCGUUAACGACUUACAGAAUGCCCCUGCGCUCUCGGUGGUGUGGAGCAGGCUUUUUGUAAUAACACUACUUUUACCACUACAAAUGCGACUGCAGUGCUUAGGGACCAAUUUCAAAGGGACUUUGUGACCUGCUUUAAAACUGGUAACUAAAUGCACUUUAAUACAUGUAAAGGGCACAGCUGUUUUUUUUUUUUAUGAUAAUAAAAGCAUUUGGUUUUACUUUGAAUCCAUCAGCUAAAGCAUUUUAAAUUGAGUGCAACGUUACUUUCUUUCUCAAAACUGCCAAUGAUCAAGACCUACUACUCCAUUUUUCUCUCUGCAACUGGAAUGGUGUGCCCACUGCUGGAACAAACGUAUUUUAGUGCCGAUCCAGAAGCUGCGCUGACUGACUCUUUGAGGGCAAGUCAGUAUUUUUGCAGGAGCCUGCAGGGCAUUAUUUUUGCAUUUCAGAUGCAUCUGAAGUGUGUUUUUUGACUUUUUCUUCCUUACAGUUCAUCAUAAUUCAUUUAAAACUGCAGAUAACAUUUUAAGGCCUUUUGUCAAUUUUGAAAAUUUACUUGUAUCAAACUGCCAUAAAUCUUUUCAUUAUGGCUGUGAAAUUCCACUGCAUUAUGAAAUCUUUGGAAUAAAACCAUAUGAACGGUGAAACUUUCUGAUUGCUAGCAUUGAAGCUUAGUAUGUUUUUAAACUUGACUUUGCAUUUAUUUUACAAAUAAUGGAAUCUGGUGGAAGGAGGAUGUCCUUUUAUAUUCGCUUUUAUUUGUACUGUACUCAUGAGAAUUAGCUCUAACUAUAUUUGAGGUGUAAAAUAUUCUGCUUUCUUAACAGUCCUGCUAACUUCAAUAAAGUUUGGUCAUUUACAUAAAAAAAAAA